AUGACGGCAACAAACAACAAUAGUGACUAUAUCGUUUCUGAUGAAAAAGUUAUUGAUCCAUUAGUUGAGGAAUUAGUUGAGGAAUUAGUUGUGGCAACAAACAACAAUAGUGACUAUAUCGUUUCUGAUGAAAAAGUUAUUGAUCCAUUAGUUGAGGAAUUAGUUAUGACAGAAACUAAAACCCUCAGCGAAAGAAUUGGUAAAAACAUGAUUGAUUUACAUAACUACCUCAAACAUGAUGGAGGAAGAGGAAGGAAAACCGGUAUGGCUUUAUUAGUAAAUAAAAUUCCAAAUUUAACGAUUAUAGAUGUUGAUAUCAAUAAAUCGUACAAUGAUGAACUUAAAGAAACGGUUAGAAAAGACAUUUUAUCAAAACUUUCGGAUAAAGAUGUUAUCGUUAAAACCGCUUCGGGAGGUCUUCACAUUUAUUGCAACACUAAUUUCUUCUAUGCAGUUUCGAACAGAAUGAUUAAAUGUUAUUCCUGCAAUGAUUAUGAUAUUGAUAUAAUGACUUCUAUUGAUGAUUCAAAGC